AUGCUAAGUCAGCUUAUAAAAAAUAGGUAUAUAAAUAACCAACAUCAAGGAAGGUACACUAGAAACAUAGGAGACUUCAAAAGAGAUGUAAAAUGUUAAACAAAGUGCACCACAAUAUAAAUAAGUGAAAGUAUUCCAGAAUCUACUUUCUAGCUUGUAAAAAGUGCAAAUAUGGAAAGAAAACCACCCAUUUAUUAGAAAAUAAAUUCCCAAAAGCAAAGUAUCUAUAUUAAAAUUUGUAGUUAUAAUUAAAAGCAUAAUCAGAAAGUCAAGAUAAUAAACAAUAACAUUGUAUGGAUUAUAAGGCUUAUUCAUACAAUCGUCUGA